GUCAUUGUCAAAUGUGAUCCAUGGAAGAAAUUUCGCUGCAUCUUCAUCUGUUUCAAGUAAACGAGCUGAGUCGUACCUCCAGUCUCUUUCUAUACUUCUAGUUAUGAUGGAAGAAAUCGGACACUCUUUAUUCAUCAUUUUCUUCGUUACCCUCUCUCUCUGUCUCUACACAUAGAUUUUCAAGUCUGGUUUUAGAGAGAGAAGAAUAUGGCAUCCGGUGACGAUGAAGAUUGCUCUCAGUUGAAAGGAGUUGUUUUCAUCACUCUCCCUCCGCCAGACAACCCUUCUCUAGGAAAAACCAUCACAGCUUUCACCCUCUCCAACCAACCACAUCAAUCACCACCACUACCACCGUCAGCACCACAGUCAGCACCACCAUCGCACCUUCCGAUCACAUUACCUCAUGCGAGGAGAAGCCUUUUCGGACACCCUAGAAGAAGAAUCUCUUGGACUCUUAUGGGUAUCGCUCUUUUUGCCAUACUAACCUUUUGUUCCUUACAAUCCCCUCAAAGUCUUUUGAAAUUAACUAGUCCCGGAUCCUUGAAUGAGCUUGAUCAAGAUGAUAAAGAUGAUGAUAAAAAACCUAAUUCCUUCAUUUUUCCAUUGUAUCCUAAAAUGGGGUCCGGAGAAAUGUCGAAAUCGAGAGAUAGGGAGGUUAAGUUGGGGAAGUUUACGAUGAUUGGUUCUAAAAGUGCGGUUUUGCCUGUCGAUGAUGGAGGGUUGCCCAUCAAGGUUGUAACUAGCUCUAGUGCAGUUUUACCUAUCAAUGGGGAUACUUUUCUAGAUGGGCUAUAUUACACACAGAUUCAUGUUGGAAGCCCUCCUAAACCGUAUUUUCUUGACAUAGACACUGGUAGUGACUUGACAUGGAUUCAAUGUGAUGCCCCUUGCAUUAGUUGUUCCAAGGGAGCACACCCUUAUUACAAGCCAACAAGAGGAAAUCUGUUAUCUUCAAAGGACUCUUUCUGUUUUGAUUUCAAACAUACAAGCAAAUCUGGAUCUUGGGUACUUUCAAGGGAUGACAUUCGUCUUGUAAAUAUAAACAACACAUCAAUUGAUUCCAAAAUUAUCAUCGGGUGUGCAUAUGAUCAACAAGGCAUGCUUUUAAACUCUUUGACAAAAACGGAUGGGAUUCUUGGACUUAGUAGGGCUAAAGUGAGCUUGCCUUCUCAAUUAGCAAAACAAGGUAUUAUUGACAAUGUGAUUGGCCAUUGUCUCACAUCCGAGUCCAUUGGUGGUGGAUACAUGUUCUUAGGAGUUGACUUUGUGCCACAAGUCAAAAUGUCUUGGGUUCCCAUGCUCAAUGAUGCUUCCAUGAAUUAUCUUGCAGAAGUUUCUAGAGUGACAUAUGGAUCAAAACAACUUGGUUUACAUCAUCAAAAAAAGGGAAAUGGACGAAUAAUCUUUGAUAGUGGAAGUUCAUAUACAUACUUUACAAAACAAGCUUAUUAUGAUUUAACUACUAUGCUUAAAGAUGUCUCACUUGAUGGCUUCAUUGAGGAAGAUUCAGAUACAACACUUCCCAUUUGUUGGAGAUUCAAGACUCCAUUAAGAUCUAUCAAAGAUGUUAGCAAAUUCUUCAAACCGUUGAAUCUUGAGUUUGGGAGAAAAUGGUGGAGUAUUUCGACAAAUCUAAGGAUACCUCCGGAGGGCUAUUUGGUCAUAAGUAACAAGGGGAAUGUGUGCUUAGGCAUUCUUGAUGGUAGUGAUUUGCUUGAUGGAUCACAUAUAGUUCUUGGAGACAUCUCAAUGCGUGGAAACUUGGUUGUUUAUGACAAUGUGAAGCAUAAAAUUGGUUGGAUGAGAUCCGAAUGUGUGAAUCCAAAGCAAUCUAACAUGUAUCUACCAUCUUUAUGAGGCAUCAUUCUCUCUUUCUUCUGAUAGUAUAUGUAUAUGUAUAUGUAUAUCGGUAUUGUAAAUAUCUAACCCGUAUAAUUUUCCACCUCCUCUUGUGCACUUUCUUGUAAUAGUCAACUUUAUAACAAUAUGCUCGUAUCAUAAAUAUACCAUCUUUUUGGUUGGGGC